UGGGAGUCAUGGACUGCCUGUAUUUUUUUUAAAAAAACUUUGAUAACUUUAAGUUGGGUGGACUUCACCUGAACUGGACUAAACAGGUGAAUUAAGCUCAGGAACAUCAGUUCUCUCUCUGGACCAGAAGCAGGAAAGAGGACUCGGAGCAGACAUGAGCAAACAAGUUUUCUUCACCGUUCUUGUUCUGGCUUGCUGUGUGGCUCUCAUUCAAGGGUUGCCCACCUCCCCCCGGGAGCGCUGUUUCUGCAAAAGAUCGGGAAUGCAGUUCGUGAACAUGGACCGUGUGGCGAAAGUCGAAUAUCACAGGUCGAGCAGCAGCUGUGGACAAGAGGAACUUCUGGUGUUCCUUAGAAACAACCGAAGACGCUGUCUGAAUCUGAACGGGGACCAAGGCAGGAGAAUUAAACUGGCAAUUAUAGAAGAAGGCAAUGCCAAUCAAAGAAGUUCAAGCUGAUCACUUCCUGAAGACAUCUAAUCAGCUUCUGAAGGACAUCUAGGACACCCAUUGGGAGCCACUGGCCCAACAGCGUUAUUCUUAUCCAUCUGCUGGGGUUUAGAAGUAACCCCCCAAGUACUUCCCGUUGGAACUUAUUAAAACAAGGACAAGAAUGACACAAGGAGCCAACUUGUCUGUCAUUUUCUCUUCAAUUUGACAUCUCUGACCAUGGGAGACCUUCAUUCUUAGCAAUCAACCAAGCCAGGACAAUGUGAUACGGGCCUCCUUCAUUCCUGAAUAGCUUAUGCUUGGUUACACCAAUGCAGACGGUCCUUGAUUUACAACCACAACCGAGCCCCCCCAAUUUUCCGUUGCAAAGCGAGAACCCGUUAAAAACGAGCUUUGCCCCCAUUUUACGACCUUUCUCGGGCACGAGGGAGUCACGGCCACCCUUAAGUUGGCAACGCGCUCGAAUCUGGCUCCCUCUUUCACGUUGCUUGUCAGAAGGUCGCGAAAGGGGACGCCGCAACCGUCAUAAAUACGAGCUAAGUUGCCAAGGGUCCAAAUUUUAAUCACGUGACCCUGGGGAUAUACAAUGGUUGUGGGUGUAAAAAAUGGAUCAUGUCCCUUUUCUCAGUGCCAUCUUAACUUUGAACGGCCACUGAAUGAAUGGCUCCUAGGUCAAGGACAUAUUUCAUGCUUGUUCAUAGGCUUCUGUUUCUGAUCCUGAACUGUGUGUGUUGUAAUGUUGCAGUCCAAGCUUUAUCAUUUUGCAAUUUUGUGUGCAAUGCUAUGGGUGCAAAAUUGUGUGCAAUCUGUGCCUAAGUCACAGAAUGGAGUCUGUGACACCAUAACACACCAUACCUCCCAUUGAGUCCUCUCUGAACAUGUAUGUACAUAUUGUCUACUAUAGUUGAAGUGUAUAUUUUUUCAAUAUUUCAAUAAAUCUUAUUCUGCUAUU